AUGCGGGAAGUUCUGCCUGAGGCCGUCUCAACAUCGCCCGAGGUUGCUUUCGCUAUCGUUUUCGCCUUUCUCCACUGCUGCGUGCAUGGCAAGGCCGUCCUCCGAGAAGUUCGGCACCGCGUCUUUGAGUAUUGCGCUGUGGGGAGCAAACGGGAGACUGUUUUUGAUGCUCACAAGGAUCGCGUGGACAAGGCCGUGGAGCAUCAAAUCGAAAAGAAUUUCAGGAUGGCGAGCAGCCUCACUCCCCACUGUGUGCCCUUCAUUGUUCCAUUGCUCCUUACGAGGCAGGACACGAAGGUUUUUCUGUUGCAAGCAUUUCUUGCUUACGUGGUACAGAGCUGCCAAACUCUCAAGCUUAUCACUAUGUCGGCCCGUCGCGUACGCUUGUUUGCACAAUUGUUCUACUUGAACUGGAUGCUGUAUGGUUGGGAGAGGCGCUUUUCAGAUGGCCCAGAGGCUUCCAUGAUGCUUUCUGCAAUGACCUUCUGCCGGAUUAUGCUUGUGGUGAUCGAAAUCGACAGCCGUCUUCACAUCCCCGGUCAGACUGGGAUCACUGCUUCCCUGGUCCUGUCCAAGUUGCACGCGUGCGGCUGUACCGCGAGUGUUGCCUGUUUGGCUCUGUCUGAGGGCUUCACGUUGGUCAUGAUCAUCGCCCUAUCGAUCAUCUUGGAGUCCAGCCUAAGAGGUCAUUUUGCAGCACAGCUGAGGUCGACGGAUGCUGAGGCCAUGGUGUCCGGGUUCCGACGGAUGCUGCGUGGCAUUUGUGAUGGUGAAGUCUUGCUGGAUGGCAGCCUUUGCAUCAAAGGCCGCAAUGCUUGCUUGCAAAGGAUCAUGGCGAAACCGGUCGAUGCUAAUUCUCGCUUCCCGGAUCUUCUGGUGAACUCCGAAGAGGAGCAUCAACGCUUCCAUGAGUUCAUCACCUCCUCAAAUGUUGGGGAGGACACAGCUGGCACUCCACCCUGUCUGCGGGUCUCCCUGCAAGGUAGCGCCCAAAACAGCGUGGGUGUGGAUCUUUUCCACGUCCCUCUUGCAAACCUCUACGGCUCUGGGGAUACCUAUCACCUUCUGGCCAUGAGGCAGGACGUCGAGCUUGAAACUAUCCCUGAUGCACGUCCUUCCGACAUCCCGCGCCUGCUCAUUCCCCACACUUCGCCUCCAGCCCAGAAGACCUCUCAACGGGCGCCGGUUGGAGCAUCUUCGGUUGCAUCGGAUUCCGUGGCUUCCCUGGCAUCGUCGGCUUCAGAGGAGGGAGUUGAUGAUGCUGGUGGAUACUACGUCCCGGCCCCGGGUGUUAUGCGAAUUGGCAUCAAUAAGGUCCAUCUUAACUACCUGCCGGCUUGCACCGAUGAUCCCGGCAUGCCCAGUUUGAGGAAUUUCAUACGGCCCACCAGCUGGAAUUCCGUACGAUCCAAGGUCAAGCACUACGCGGCCAGCGCUGCGGAGAACCCUUCGGCUGUCGAGCCAUUGAUCUUCCGUAAGGGCGUGUGGUUCCGAUCGCUCGAUGACCCGCAGAUGUACAUUUUGGCACGCAAGGCCACGAUUUCAGUCAACGGUUUGGCAAGGUCGCGAAGCAGCCGACCCUCGCCCAAGUUGUGGCUUCAUUUGAGCAACCUCGUGGAACCGAAUCGAACGGCGCCCUCGGUUGCCAUGUCGGGCAUCAGCGAGCUUGAAGAGCGCGAGCUUGAAGAGUGCUGA